AUGACGUCGCUAACUGGCUCGCCCAGCAGAGGUAAAAACCCUUUUAUCGAACGGUAUAUGGCAAAUUUGGGGAGUAACUCUGAUGUCGCCCCGGAAUCAGCACCCCCUAUCACUCCAGUCUCUUCUCCUGUGCGCUCAAGAAAUGUAGCAGCGACGCUUGGCAAGGAAAACGACCUUACCUAUUCUGCCAAACUUGCGAAUUCGCCAAAAAAAAAGACCUCUUUCAGCCCCUUGAGUCAGCUAUCACCUUCCAAACAAAAUAGCAGAUCUUCAUUACGGGAUCUCGAGCCGAAAAUCUCUAAAAAAACGAACUCUAACCGUGAACGCGAGACCUUUGACAUCUCAAAGCUGUCGGGGAAAGAUGCCAAAUAUUAUGAAUUUCUUUGCCGCGCCAGAGAGGCCAAAGAAUGGAUUGAAGAGGUUAUAGAAGAAACUCUCCCUUCAGAGCUGGAGCUGGUAGCUGGUAACGGUCUUCGAGACGGCGUUUACCUGGCUAAAGUCACGCAAAAAGUCGAUUCCAGUCUGGUCAAGAAAAUUGUGCCAGCGGGGAAAUCACUCCAGUUCACGCACACCCAGAACAUUAACGCCUUUUUCCAUCUAGUAGAAAAAGUCGGCGUUCCGGAUCUGUUUAGAUUCGAACUCACCGAUCUUUACGAAAAGAAGAACAUUCCAAAAGUUUUUGAAACCCUGCAUGCUCUCAUAAACGUUAUAAACAGCAAGUGGCCUGGUAAAUUGCCUGAAAUCCAGAAUCUCAGCGGUAUGACUACCUUUUCAGACGACGAGAUCAAACUUUGUCAACGUAAAAUACCUACAAUUCACAACUUCCGGUCAUUCAAAGUAACGUCCACUGGUAAGACUGAGGACUUUCAUGAACUUCAACAGAAUUCCGAUAACUCCUUGCUACAAAGUAUCGGGCAAACCACCCCAGAGAAAACCCAAAGUCCUUUGCAGCACUUGGAGACUCCCAAAAAUUCCCGCCCAGAGUCUCCUCUAGAUCAGCGGUCCCAUUUAGUUUCUCCCAUUAGUGUGGAAUUUUCAGAAAAUAAGGCCCAUGAAUCCACCCAGAAAGCUUCUACUCGAUUAUUAAUAACGGACAAUACACCUCUGUUGACUUUCGACUCGAACAGAAGUCCAGCGAAAUCACUUUCCUACUACUCGCCUAGAAUAUACCGCCAUCUGUCCUAUCGAUCUAAUUUACCUUCCUUCAGGUUUGCAGAAGAUGCCUACGACCUCGACCGGUAUGACACCUACCAAUACAAAGCUCCCGAGUAUUCUCCCGUUAGGAAACAACGCAUGACUGAAGUUCAGUUCUUAGACUCUGUGUCUACUCUCCAGGCUAUAUGUAGAGGAGUAAACACGAGGUUUGGCAUCAUAAUGAUGCAAAGAAAGGUUGACAUUGUCAUCGGAAAAAUAACACUCUUUCAAGCUCAAGCGAGAGCUCGGGUGAAGAGAAAAGGGAUAGAGGCUAGGACAGACUUCAGUUCUCUACAGUCUGAAGAGUUGUUAAUUUGUAAUCUUCAGUCCAUUCUCAAAGCCAAAGCCUUGCGAGAGACAAUUUUCAAGCUUCGCUUACGUCUUAUAACUAUCGAAGAUGAAAUAAGUUGCUUUCAACACCUAUGCCGGUCUAGUGUGGUUAGGCUGCGCAGUAAGAGCGCACUCGAAAGCCAUACGCUCAUACGACAGCCUCUACGGAAGCUGCAAGCUCACAUUAAAGGACGCCUACAGAGAAGUAAAUACCGGGGCUCACAAAAAGGGCUUCAGGCCUGUCGCCCACUGAUAGAGAAUUUACAAGCCUUGCUUCGCGCCCAUCAUUUGAGGAAACACCGAAAAUCGAUAUAUUUCUCCCUCAAUGAGCAAUACAGUGCCGUCAUCGCUCUACAAGCCUACUCAAAAGGAUCUUUGGGGCGGGCUGCAAUUUAUAGUGUUGAAACUGAGCUUCAAGCUCACAAUGCUGCCAUAAUGGGUCUGGCAGCAGCUCUAAAGGGCUCUCUUCAAAGGCGCGGUAUUAAAUCUUUAGCCGCAGCAGUGCGUGACAGUAAAGAUCCGGUUGCUUCCCUGCAAGCUCUUUCAAGGGGCAUUCUCGUUAGGUUUACCUUGGAGCUGAUUGCCGAUAUUGUGGAGGCAAGCCAUUUGUGUAAUCUUCAAGCGUUGGCAAGAGGCUCUAUCAUCCGAGAUCGCAACAUACAGCUGUCUUUGCAUUACGAAACUCACAAAUCGGGAGUUAUUAAAAUACAGGCCUCGAUUCGACGCUUUUUGUUACGAAGAGCAUAUUUGGAGUUCAUGUCUGCGGCGAAUCCGAGCGUCCGGGCCGUGAAGAAAUUUGUUCACCUUCUCAGCAAAAUACAUGCUAAUCAUGAAUCCCGUAACAAAUUGGAGUUUCUUAAGUCUCAAAUUGAUCAAUUCAAUGGUGACAGGGAUCGAUUAGAGGAAAAGUUUGAACUUUUGAAGAGAAAGAACGCUAUUUUGAGUGACUACAACAUUUUUGUGUCCCACAGCUUUCCAGGAAGCACUUCUCAGUCCGGUGUAUGCUCAAAUUUCCCAGAGUACGAAAAGUUGCUGUAUCUGCUUCAAACAGAUCCCUUUUACUGGGUCACACUGCACCGCCUCGAUCCGAAAUUUGCUGUAAAACAUCUUUCGAAAACAUUUGUUUCCACCAACAAUGCCAUGGGCCGCAGAGAAGCUGUAUUCUUCAUCAAACUCGUGGCCGAGUUUUUAGCUACUGAUAUCGAAAGCUCUGGUGACCCUCAGCAAUUUCUGACCGCUCGAGGCUCGGGCUACUGGAAAGAAUUACUUUUCUUCUACGUCAGCCGCCAAAUGUCUGACCUCAUCAUCCAGAUGCUCUCCCCUCUGCUCGACUUUUUAUCUCUGGACUCCGUGGAUUUUGAGUCGACACCGGCUGCAAUUUAUAGAAGAAACCAUCCCCAUGACGCCGAACGCUCCUCAAGUGAUGCAAUCGAGGAUGAAAAGACCAAAAACAGUUUCGUUACCAAUCUUACCAAUUUGUGGACAGCUGUGGAACUUGUCAGUGAGACUUUGUUGAAGAACGCACACCUCAUACCCGAGGAAAUAAAGUUUCUGUGCACCACUGGAUUCAAAGUUGUGGCGAAUCAUAGUCCAUAUGAAAGUGAUGCUUUGAUUGCAAUCUCAAGGCUACUGAUAGAGGCGGUAGUUGCUCCAGUUUUGGAGUUUCCCGCUAAAUUUGGCUUGUCAAAGCCAUCUUCUGGUUUUGCCAGCAAAGCGAAGAUUUUACUUGAGGCAGUUAACACAGUGUUCUGUUUUUUAGAGUUUGAGGGAUACCUAACACCUCUCAACCAGUAUACAAGCCAGAUAAAGGAUGAUUUGGCUUUGUCGCUCAAGAAGAUGCUGACAUUACCUUCAUUUGAGGCAUUCUGUGAUAGACUGUUAUACAUUGACAUGUGUCAAGACGAGAGACCCACGCUCAGUAUCCCCAAGCAGUACUUGGUUGAAAUCAGUCAAAAACUCGAUUCCAACCUGGAUGCCUUCCCUCAUGAUGACGCCAUAAACCCUCUGGUAAAAAGAAUUCGAACAGGUGAGAAAAAGCUCCUCCAGGCCACCAAUAUUAACAUUAUAGAACUUCGCUUGAACCCAAGUGCCUACCAAUUAUCAUCAAGUGACGAUAGGCUGACCUCCAUUUACAAUGAGAUCAAGCGGGGACUUGUGUACAUGAUGCAAGUUGAGGACGUGGAAACGAACUUGUAUGACCUGAUGACUGGCAGCAUCAUUGACACUGAUGAACCUACUUUUCAAAAAUUGCUUCACGAGACCGCGGCUAUUCAAAAUGAUCCUCUACUUAAUAACCUCGAGCCUGUGAGUUACUUCAAUCUAAAGCAGCAUGUGUUAGAGCGAGCCUACGAGCUCAGACAGAUGGGAAACUUGAGCAUCGACGAUAAACUUCAGACCAUUCUCAACGAUAUUGCCAACACGAUUAAAUCCAGGGAAUAUGUAGUGGAGUCAACUACGAAUGAGAUAAAAACCGCUGAACAUACCCUGAAAACAAUUCAAGCGACCAACGCUCAAUUAGAAGAGCGCUCUCGUACCCUUGAACAAGCUCAAAAACGAGCUUUGAAUAAGGCGCAGAUGUCUACCAGCUAUACGCCUGUCAAAAAGCACGGCUUGAGCCGGAAAAUAAAAGACGUCUAUCACAAAGUGAACAAUAAAAACGCGAACACCAAAGACUGCUUGAGUUUUGAGUGGAAUACACGGCGCCUCUUCGAGCUGGAUGUUUUGAAGGAUCUUGCAGGCGAGAACUUAGGGAAAGCGGCAGUAAGUUUUUUUGGUUCUAGUGGUCCCAAAUUUCCGGAUGUGACAUUCAGAUUCUCAACUUCAGAUGGAGAGUACUUUGCAGUUGAGCUUAUUGACGAGAGGAAAGCCGAUAAGAGAUCCAAGUCUAGCACCGACAACUUUCAGAUAUCAAAGUUGCUGGAUCAGCUGGCAAAAAAUAAAAACGCGAUGCUGAAAUUUUUUUCGGGCACCGCGGAUGUCAAACUGGAUCCCUUACUUGAGCUGAUCAUCACCUCCUUCAUCAAGAGGACUCAGUAG